ACGUCACCGGAAACCGGAAGUGGGUGAAUGAAACAACCGUAACACCUCCAUGCCGCUGAUGCCCAACAUAUACCAUAAAAUGGGACGGUUUGGCUUCUCCCUCCUCCGCCACAUUUCUUCCCUUACCUCAGCCAGUCGGAAAUGUUGCCUCCAUCAAAGGGUCUUUACUGGUUCUUACACGAGCACCAUCGUGGGUCACAGCUGCCAGCAGCACUGGAGGGGUUUGAGUAGCACAGCCCUCAGGCAGCACUUACAGGACCUGAGUGGACCUGAGCAGAGACUGUUGGAUAAACUGUAUGAAGGUCUGAUCGGAGGACAGCGGGCAUCUCUGGCUGAGUCCAUCACUCUGGUGGAGACCCAGCAUCCCAGGAAGAAAGAGCUGGCCCAGGUGCUGCUGCAGAGGGUGCUCGCCUACAGGAGGGAGCAGGAGAGUCGUGAUGGGGGGAAGCCGGUGGCCUUCAGAGUAGGUCUGUCGGGCCCUCCAGGAGCAGGGAAGUCUUCCUUCAUCGAGGUGGUGGGGAAGAUGUUGACAGCACGCGGACACAAAGUCUCAGUGUUGGCUGUUGACCCAUCCUCCUGCACUACAGGAGGGUCUCUGAUGGGUGAUAAGACUCGUAUGACUGAACUCUCCAGGGACAUGGACGCUUUUAUCAGGCCGUCUCCAGCCUCGGGAACUCUUGGUGGAGUCACCAGAACAACUAACGAGGCCAUUGUUCUCUGUGAGGGAGCGGGAUAUGACAUCGUCCUCGUGGAGACAGUAGGUGUGGGCCAGUCUGAGUUUGCAGUGGCUGACAUGGUGGACAUGUUUGUGCUGCUAAUUCCUCCAGCAGGGGGCGACGAACUCCAGGGUAUCAAGAGGGGCAUCAUCGAGAGGGCCGACCUGGUGGUGGUGACCAAGUCGGACGGAGACCUUGUGGUGCCGGCGAGGAGGAUCCAGGCCGAAUACACCAGCGCUCUCAAGCUGCUGAGGAGGCAGUCCAAGUCCUGGAACCCUAAGGUGGUGCGUGCCUCCUCAUACACCAAUGAAGGCAUCCCAGAGGUCUGGGCCAAGCUGGAGUCGUACCGGGACGCCAUGUUAGCCAGCGGUGAACUGCAGGGCCGGCGGAGGGCCCAGCAGAAGAUUUGGAUGUGGAGUCUGAUCCAGGACAACGCCCUCUCACACUUCCAGAAUCACCCCAGUGUCAGAGGGGCUCUCCCCCUCUUGGAGGCGAGGGUUACCAGAGGAGAAAUCUCCCCUGGCCUGGCUGCAGACCUGCUCCUCAAAGCCUUCUCAUCUUCAUCGGCAAAGUAAUCAGUGGGGCUGCACAUUAUGAGGAGGAUGGAUCAGGACGCCUCGAUGCACAGCUAAACCAGGAAAAAGUGAGAAUAUGUGGCCUUGGAUCUGAGAUUUUCACAAAAGAAGCAGUCUUGCUCUUUUUACACUUCAUUUGAAAUUUAAAACACCUCAGAUAGAAGUCACCUCUCCUCUGAAACUUCAGUCUUAUGAAUGCCUUAAUCCAUAUGAGGAGUGUGAGGAGAGUGCUGACAGUCACUUCUCUCAGACCGCUUCAACACACAGUCACAUUUGAACACUUUACACAGAUUUUAUUUUCUGGGAGAUAUGACCUAUAUGAACGGCAUGGUUUUCUAAGGUAUAUACUGGGAUUUCCUUUAUGGACAAAGACACUACAGACCCUCAUGAACAGUUUAAAUGAAAGCAAUGCAAAACAUACAAUUGUAAAGGCCAUGUUGAUACAGUUUGUCGUGCAAAUAAUCCCCUUUUACUAUCAGGGUCCUUUAAAGGUGAAGCAGUGUGUUGCCCAUGCCAGAAUUAUUGACAUGACAAGUACUGUGAUCUAUUUUUACUGACACUCUGGCCCACCAUCCUCAUCCUGUGAUCCACAACAGACACUUUUCAUAACCCAAAAAGCAAAAUGUUCAGGAUAGAGGAAUAGGAUUUAUUAUGGUCAGUUUUUGUUAUGGUUCUCUGGUUGCACUGCUGUGGACGUUGCUCUAAUAUCAAACAUGUCCUGCAGGUGGACUUGCACAACGUUUUUAUUUACUGUUUGUGUUUCUGCGUUGAAUAUAAUAUUACAAGAAUGAUGUGAAUCUUAAAUUGAUAAGUGUAUAUCAUUAAAUCUGUCAGUACGGCUGGCCAAGCUUUCUCUC